AGAGCAGCAGCAGCAGCAGCAGCCAGUUCCGUUUAUAUUUCACAGCGUUGUGUUCCAGUCCAGCUGGAUGAUAAGCCGAACUCCGCGCUUUUAACCCAACACAAAUCGGUGUAGUUGACGGUGUUUGUUCCGAGUCGGAGGAGAGGCAGGAAGAGAAGCAGAUCCAGCACGCUCUGAUGCUACCUGUUAGCCUGUGACACCUGCUUGAGGAGACUGCGACCCCCCCCCCGCCCCUCCCCUCCCCCCCAGACACGCACAAUGUCUGGGCUACAGACACCAUGGCCGCCGGGCACGGAGUGUGUGGCUAAGUAUAACUUCCAGGGCACCACAGAGCAGGAUCUGCCCUUCUGUAAAGGAGACGUCCUCAGCAUCAUCGGAGUCACUAAGGACCCUAACUGGUACAAAGCAAAGAACACGGUUGGGAGGGAGGGGACGAUCCCAGCCAACUACGUGCAGAAACGAGAAGGAGUGAAAUCAGGAGGGAAAUUGAGCCUGAUGCCAUGGUUCCACGGUAAGAUUACACGGGAGCAGGCGGAGCGGUUGCUCUACCCUCCGGAGACGGGGCUGUUCCUUGUGCGCGAGAGCACCAAUUACCCCGGUGACUACACACUGUGUGUGAGCUGCGAGGGCAAAGUGGAGCACUACCGCAUCAUCUACCACAACGGCAAGCUCUCCAUCGAUGAGGAGGAGUUCUUUGAGAAUCUCAUGCAGCUGGUGGAGCAUUACACCAAAGAUGCUGAUGGUCUGUGUACUCGAUUGAUCAAGCCAAAGCUUAUGGAGGGAACAGUAGCAGCGCAGGAUGAGUUCUCCAGGAGUGGCUGGGCUCUCAACAGAAAAGACCUAAAACUCAUUCAGAGCAUCGGAAAAGGAGAGUUUGGAGACGUAAUGGUGGGAGACUACAGGGGGACCAAGGUGGCGGUGAAGUGCAUCAAACACGAUGCCACGGCGCAGGCCUUCAUCGCAGAGGCUUCAGUCAUGACGCAGCUGAGGCACAAUAACCUGGUGCAGCUGCUGGGAGUGAUCGUGGAGGAGAGAGGCAGCCUCUUUAUCGUCACCGAGUACAUGGCCAAGGGCAGUCUAGUGGACUACCUGCGCUCGCGAGGGCGCACUGUGCUUGGGGUUGAGUGCUUAUUCAAAUUCUCACUUGAUGUGUGUGAGGCAAUGGAGUACCUCGAGGCCAAUAACUUUGUGCACAGGGACCUCGCGGCACGGAACGUUCUGGUAUCUGAGGACAACAUCGCCAAAGUGAGCGACUUCGGCCUGACCAAGGAAGCGUCGUCCACUCAGGACACGGCCAAGCUGCCUGUUAAAUGGACGUCGCCCGAGGCACUUCGAGAGAAGAGGUUUUCCACCAAGUCUGACGUGUGGAGUUACGGCGUCCUGCUCUGGGAGAUCUACUCCUUCGGCCGUGUGCCUUACCCCAGAAUUCCUCUGAAGGAGGUAGUGCCGCGGGUAGAGAAGGGCUACAUGAUGGAGGCACCGGACGGCUGCCCUGCUGUGGUGUACGACCUCAUGAAGCAGUGCUGGAUCCUGGACCCGGUGAAGCGGCCUUCGUUCCGCAUGCUGCACGAGAAGCUGCAGCACAUCAGAUCUAAAGAACUCUACCUGUGAAGCGGAGGAGGGCCACGCCCACAGCUUUUUACCCAGGAGGAGGUGGGGAGGCGGGUAGAGACACGGUGGGCGUCUGUCUCAUCAAGCAGCGUCUCAGGCUCCGGCUUGUCCUUUCAUUCGUCUUUGGGACUUUUAUUUUUUUAUGGGUUUUUUUGGACUGUUAAUCUGGACACACGCGUGCUGUGUUUCUGUGGGGAGUGGAAGCUUAUUAGACGUGUGUGUGUGUGUGUGUGUGUGAGUGAGUGAGAGAAAGCACGUAGAGUCCUAAUGGUGUCCUGCCUUUGUCUUUUUUUUUUUUUAAUACCAUGCAGAUAUCCUUUUGCCUAAAAGUAUUUUCCUCAUUCUGCCAGCUAAAUAUAAAAGUCUCUCUCUCUCUCUCUCUCUCUCUCUCUCUCUCUCUCUCUCUUUCUCUCUGUGUGUUGCUGUGACAUUAACAAGAGCAAGGCUGGCCUUUUCUCCAUUGUUUUGUCAGGUGCACAUCUCGCUCUAGCUCUCUUUCUCUCUCUCUCUCUCUCUCUCUCUCUCUCUCUCUCUCUAGCUUUCUGUCUGUCUCGCUUUCUGUCGCUGUCUCUCUCUCUGUUCUUAACACCGUCUGUCUCUCUUUCUCCAGAUUUUUCAUCUCUUCCUCCUGUCUCGUGUGGCACGGGUUCUAGCUGCAUGCUCUCUUCCUCCUCGGUGUAUGUGUGUGUUCACGUGCGAGUGUGUGAGGCAUUCACUCUGUGCCUGAGUGCCUCCAGAUGGCAGGACUGAUGCCUCUCACGUCCCCCUCCUCUGCCACACACAGACUUAUUUUUGUUUUUAUUACAUUUUUUUUUUUUUUAUCAGGCUUUUUUUUUUUUUUUUUUUUUUUUUUUUAAAAAACGAGCGUCAUUUUUGUUGUUGUUGUUGAUUUGUCUGUUUAUUUGCUGUCUCCCAACGUCACUCAACAUCUGACCUGGGACAAGUGCAAAGAGCUGGAACGAUGCACAAAUUCGUACACACACACACACACACAUGUGCCCAUGCACACACAUUUACACAUGCAUUUCCCAGUAGAGCUCAAACUGCGCCGGCCAAAACAGGACACACAAAGCAGUUUGCCCAUAAACCCUCGGGAUGCGGGGGUGGGUGGAUCCGAAUACGGUAGAACUCUUCGUGCGUGAGCUUGUUUUAUAUUAAAAUGUAUUUAAAGGACUUAAAAUAAGGAGAAAACCUGGAAAAAAAGGCAAAGACGACUCAACUGACAGAGAUGUGCGGAGGUGGAUGGACGAGAGAGAGAGAGAGAGAGAGAGAGGGGCCUUGGGUUAAUCUGUCAGUGCUUUCAAUGUUCAUUGUUUGAUUAUGCUGCCAUGAUUACGAAUAAAUCAUUCCAUCAGACCA